GCGGCGGCCUGGGCACCCACCGGUGGGGCGGGGAAGGGGACGGGGAACGGCGGCCCCGAGUCCGUGGACCAUGGCGGCUAGUGACACAGAACGAGAUGGACUAGCCCCAGAAAAGACGUCCCCAGAUAGAGAAAAGAAAAAAGAGCUGUCAGAUGCAUCUAAUUCUCCUAGAACUUCAAAACAUCAUUAUUCAAGAUCACGAUCACGGUCAAGAGAACGGAAACGAAAAUCAGAUAAUGAAGGAAGAAAACACAGAAGCCGGAGCAGAAGCAAAGAGGCAAGAAGACAUGAAUCCAAAGAUAAGUCCUCCAAGAAGCACAAGGCUGAGGACCAUAAUGACAAAGAACAUUCUUCAGAUAAGGGACGAGAACGACUAAAUUCCUCUGAAAAUGGUGAGGAGAGACACAAGCGCAAAGAAAGGAAAUCAUCUAGAGGCAGAAGUCACUCAAGAUCUAGGUCCCGGGAAAGGCGCCAUCGUAGUCGAAGCAGAGAGCGGAAGAAGUCGCGAUCUAGAAGCAGAGAGCGGAAGAAGUCCCGAUCUAGAAGCAGAGAGCGGAGGAAGUCCCGAUCUAGAAGCAGGGAAAGGAAGCGUCGGGUCCGAUCUCGUUCAAGGUCAAGAUCUCGGCACAGGCAUAGGAGCAGGAGCAGAAGCAGGACCAGGAGCAGAAGCCGAGAAAGAAAGAAGAGAAUUGAAAAGCCACGAAGAUUCAGCAGAAGUGUGAGCCGAACUCCGAGUCCGCCUCCUUUUAGAGGACGAAAUACAGCAAUGGAUGCACAGGAAGCAUUGGCUAGAAGGUUGGAAAGAGCAAAGAAAUUGCAAGAACAGAGAGAAAAGGAAAUGGUGGAAAAACAGAAACAACAAGAAAUAGUUGCAGAUAUGAAUUUUCAUUUCUCUUCAGCAGCUGCAGCCACAGGAGGCUCUGUCCUCAAUGUUGCUGCCCUGUUGGCAUCAGGAACACAAGUAACUCCUCAGAUAGCUAUGGCAGCUCAAAUGGCGGCAUUACAGGCCAAAGCAUUGGCAGAAACAGGAAUAGCUGUACCUAGCUAUUAUAACCCAGCAGCUGUGAACCCAAUGAAAUUUGCAGAGCAGGAGAAAAAACGAAAAAUGCUCUGGCAAGGCAAAAAAGAAGGGGAUAAGUCACAGUCUGCGGAAAUAUGGGAAAAGUUAAAUUUUGGGAACAAGGACCAAAAUGUCAAGUUCAGGAAAUUAAUGGGCAUUAAGAGUGAGGAUGAAGCUGGUUGUAGUUCAGUUGAUGAAGAAAGCUAUAAGACUCUGAAACAACAGGAAGAAGUAUUUAGAAAUCUGGAUGCUCAGUAUGAGAUGGCAAGAUCCCAAACCCACACGCAAAGAGGAAUGGGCUUGGGAUUUACGUCUUCGAUGCGGGGAAUGGAUGCAAUUUGAAACAGAACAUGAUUUUUAAAUUUGGGACUUUGUAGAAUUUUCUUGUUCUGAUGUUGGGUCCUUGUUCACCAAACAGCUAGCAUCCUAGCUUGCAUGGGUGUUGCAUUGACUUUAAUUUAUUGAAAAAUACAAUACUUUUGUAAAUAUCAGAUCAGUGAUACUGGUGUUAGUGUUGUAAUCAGGUUAUAUACCCACUUCCAUUCAACUUGACAGAACUAGAGAAGGACAAUAUUUUUUAGUUAACAGGUUCUACUUUUCAAACUAUUGUAAAGCUGCAGGUGGGGUAAAAUCUCAUACAUGGAUAUUUCGUGUCCACUGUCUUGUGUACUUUUGUACUUAACCCUGUACAGUUAUUUUCAUCUCUUGAAACAUGAAAGAAAAUGUUGUGUAGAUGUCUUUAGAAGAUCUGACAAUUUGGCACAUAAUCCAGCCCCAAAGCUGGGUGAUGGUAAUAAUAAAAGAUUUUUUUUUUCUCUAAA